AUGAUGGAGUGGAGUGGGGGUGAAGAGGAAGGGGAUGAGGGCGGAAGGCGGCCAGAGACGAGAGAGGCAUCCACAAUCGGGGAGAAGAAGGGUGACGAUAAGGAGGAGAAAGAGAUCAAGCCCCUUGACGACAGUGACAUUCAGAUCCUCAAGACAUAUGGCCAAGGGCCGUACGCUGGAAGACUGAAGAAGGUUGAGACGGAUAUCAAAGAGGUGCAGAAGCGUAUCAACGAGAAACUCGGUGUUAAGGAGUCCGACACCGGUCUGGCUUCGCCCAACCUGUGGGAUUUGGCUGCGGACAGGCAGCGCAUGGGAGAGGAGCAUCCCCUCCAAGUCGCGCGCUGCACCAAGAUCAUUCCCAUGGACGAGGCCGCCGCGGAGCGUGCGCGCGCAGUGAACCCGGAAGGCGCGGUGCAGGGCCAGAAGGGUGCGGACGAGCAAGACAAGUACGUCAUCAACAUCAAGCAGAUUGCCAAGUUCGUUGUCGGACUUGGAGAGCGCGUCGCGCCAACGGAUAUUGAGGAGGGUAUGCGCGUUGGUGUCGAUCGCAACAAGUACCAGAUCCAGAUCCCGCUACCUCCCAAGAUCGACGCUUCGGUCACGAUGAUGCAGGUUGAGGAGAAGCCGGACGUGACUUACUCAGACGUCGGUGGUUGUAAGGAGCAGAUUGAGAAGCUACGCGAAGUCGUUGAAACACCUUUACUCUCACCCGAACGAUUCGUGAACCUUGGAAUCGACCCACCAAAGGGCGUCCUUCUCUUUGGUCCUCCGGGCACUGGCAAGACUCUUUGUGCGCGUGCUGUGGCCAACCGGACAGAUGCAACCUUCAUCCGCGUCAUUGGUUCCGAGCUUGUGCAGAAGUACGUCGGUGAGGGUGCGAGGAUGGUUCGUGAACUGUUCGAAAUGGCGAGGAGCAAGAAGGCUUGCAUAAUCUUCUUUGACGAAGUGGACGCCAUCGGUGGUGCUCGGUUCGAUGACGGUGCUGGUGGCGACAACGAGGUGCAGCGGACUAUGUUGGAACUUAUCAACCAACUGGACGGUUUCGACCCUCGAGGCAACAUCAAGGUGUUGAUGGCUACGAACAGGCCCGACACAUUGGACCCUGCUCUGCUUCGUCCUGGUCGUCUGGAUCGUCGCGUGGAGUUCUCACUACCUGACAACGAGGGUCGGGCUCACAUUCUCCGUAUCCAUGCCCGUAGUAUGAGCGUGGAGCGCAACAUCCGUUUCGACCUAAUUGCUCGCCUGUGCCCGAACACGACAGGAGCUGAGUUGCGAUCGGUGGCGACGGAGGCGGGAAUGUUCGCCAUCCGUGCGCGCAGAAAGGUUGCAACAGAACGCGACUUUUUGGAUGCCGUCGAGAAAGUUGUGCGCCAAGGGACGAAGUUCUCGAGCACGUACCAGCGGCACACCUUCCACUCGGCGCACCCCGGCCCAAGCAGCCUUCCUCCCGCACAGCUCACGCGGCUCAUUGACAAGCACACCAAGAACCCUCCGAACCCUCUCACCCUCUCCAAGCUCCUCUCCUUCGCACAGCCCGUCUCCCCCGAGUCCGUACUCAACUCCGUCAAGUAUGUCUUCACGGAGAUCCCGCGCAUGCUCGCAAUGCGAGCCCGCUCGCUCGAGACUCUCCCCUUCAUAGUCGGAAUGAACCCCUUCAUCGCCCGGACUCUCGAAGCGCACCGGAGCUCGUUCGAGUUCCUCAUCACUCACCCACCGGUCACCACCCUCGAGGAGAACAUGCAGUUCAUCGAGCAUCUCGCAAACCUUGUCCAGACCCAUGCGAACGACAUUCCUGCGAUGGCAAAGGGCUUCCAGGAGUGUGCGCGGUACAUGACUCCGGAGGACAUCAGCACCUUCUUGGACAGCACGAUACGCAACCGCAUCGCCGUCCGGCUCAUCGCAGAGCAGCACAUCGCCAUCUCCCGCAGCCUCGCCCAGAACGACGCGACCGCGAGCGACCACCGCGGCGUCGUGGAGGCCAACUGCUCCCCGCGGGAGCUCAUCCGCGCGUGCGGCUCCUUCGUGAGCGACCUGUGCGAGGCCACGCUCGGCGCAAGCCCGCGGAUCGUCAUCGACGGCGACGCGGACGCUCGGUUCGCAUACGUCCCCGUCCACCUCGAGUACAUCCUCACCGAGAUCCUCAAGAACUCCUUCCGCGCGACGGUCGAGUGGCACCAGCGCCACCACUCCUACUCCUCCGCCGAGCCCAUCCCGCCCGUCGUGAUCACCAUCUCCUCCCCGCCGCACCCGUCCCCAUCUCCGUCCCCGUCCCCGGCCGCAGACCCGCACCCGCACCCGCACCACCGCCCGCAGCCCCGGCCGCGGUUCCUGUUCAUGCGCGUGCGCGACCACGGCGGCGGCGUGCCCCCCGCGAACAUGUCCCGCAUCUUCUCGUACUCGUUCACCACCGCCGGCCGCGGCGCGGUUCACGACGGCGGCGGCGACGAGGACGGCACCGGGGGCGGCCCGUACGCCGCGCAGCACAUGAGCGGCGGCGCCGCGCUCGCGGACGGCGCCGGGGGCGCGGGCGGCGGCGAGAGCCUGUUCGCCGAGAUGGCGGGCAGGGGCGUCCAGAUGGGCAUGGGCACCAUCGCCGGGCUCGGGUACGGGCUGCCGAUGAGCAGGCUGUACACCAAGUACUUUGGGGGCUCGCUCGUGUUCAAGUCGCUCGACGGUUGGGGGAGCGAUGUGUUCAUCAAGCUGCGCUGUCUGGAUGGCGGAGGGGACGUUGAGAUAUAG